CCAACUAUUGUUGACGGUAAAUGCCCAAGACAGCCUUAGGCACCCGUGCCUACCCCGGGACCCGUGUUCCGCAGUUCCGAGGCAUGCCUCGGCUGCGCCCUGCUCGGAACAAGGAUACGGCGGAUAAUAUAAUAUUUAUUAUUUAGGGGCUACAUCCCUCUCCGUGAUACUGUCAGGCGACAGGUAAGUGCUGGCAACAAUGGCCGACGCUACAGAACAUUCUUCUAAGUCAGAGAAACGCGAGGCUUCUCAUGAUGAGCGUCCUGCGGGGAGGCUCAUUCCUUACGGGAAAGCAGCUUCUCAUGCAGCUGUUGAAGCGUUGGCCAAGACUGAUGCGACGAUACUGAGGCUUCAGAAGCUGUUGUCUACAUCGGCUGGUCAAGAAGUGGUCCUCUCAACCCUCAACUACAGUUCUCAAGUCCUCCAUUACCUCCUAGAAUCAUAUCCGUUGGCAGCUCUCCGAGCCCGCAUACGAUCGUUACUCCUUCAAAAACUCGGUGGAAAAGCUCCGGCAGCACCGCCGCCCCCUCCGUCGUCUGCUCGACCGCCGCUACUGGCAUUUUCAAGUCUCAUGUCAGAAACCCGUUAUACGCUCCGGUUGUUUCAGCUCAUUUCAAUCUGGUCAUGGGGCUCUUCUGUCUACAAAUCACCGCCCAAGGAUCGCACGCUGCGAGCAAUCGCUUACCUUGAGGUGCUAUUGAUCCUGGUUUACCAAGCUCUCGAAAAUGUCGUGUAUCUUGCAUCAAAGGGCAUAGCUGGUCAGAAGCUCGUUAGCCGAAUCGGCGGAGCCAAGAACUGGUCCCUGUGGAGUUGUCGAGCUUGGUUCGGCUACGUCCUACUCCAGUUCGUGCGGCUGCGUCGGGAGUCAGUAUUAUUUGCACAGCAAGAGCGCGAGAAAAUGAAGCUUCGAGCCGAGCAGGUCUUGGCUGGUGAAAAGCCUGCGUCUCCGUCCGACCAGGAAGAGGCAGAAGCACGACGACUCGUGGUCCGCACUUGGAGGAAGAAGUUGGUCAACAGCCUGGCCUGGGCUCCGCUCUGCGCACACUGGAGCUUCGAGCAGGGCAUCGGAGUGCCGGCAAAUCUGACUGGUUUGAUCAGCCUGUCGGCCGGCGUAUGGAACACUUAUGACACAUGGCAAGCAACUGCCUGAGUGAAUAUAUAUAUUUUCAUCUGUAGUUUUAUUAUGAUACCUCGCAUGCAGCCUUUUGGGCACAUCAUUACCAGACACUUACGCAACUGAUUCGGUGUACUCGAUGUUGUUCUUAGAAGAGUUCACUAAUAAUUAGAUAUGGCAGU